AUGUCCGUCAGUGUUGCCAAUGGUAUAAAAUCGGAAACGGACAAAGCCACGCAAGUUAUUACGUUAAAACUGAACCAAUUUAACGAUAAAUUAACAGCGUAUUUAUUUCCAAUCAAUUCAGAGGCGCAUUAUGAUCUCAUUUUGGGUUUCCCAUGGCUAUUCAAAAAUAACCCAAAUAUCGACUGGCAGACACGUACAAUGACAAUUACAAGAGAUGAAGUUAGACAUGUAAUUAAAUCAGCAAGUACUCUCUCGACAAGAACCAAAAAUAAACAAAAUAGUGCACAAAACUUUUUGAUCAACGCUUCUCAAUUGGCAAGAUGUGAAGAUAUUUAUCUAGUGAGUGUAAAAUUGACACAAAACGAUGAUACAAAUACAGCAAGGAACCAACAACAAAUUGAAAAUCUAAUAAAUGAAUAUACUGAUGUAUUUUCCGAUGAAGUUAAAGAUCUGCCACCUAAGAGAGACGUAGACCAUGAGAUUAAACUAGUUGAUAACACGACACCACCGUUUCAACCAAUUCAUCGAAUGUCACCGCUUGAAUUAGCCGAAUUGAAACAACAAUUAACAGAAUUAGUGGAAAAAGGGUACAUUCGGCCAUCGAAAUCUCCCUAUGGCGCACCAGUAUUGUUCGCGAAGAAGAAGGAUGGUAGUUUACGUAUGUGUGUUGACUAUCGAGCGCUCAACAAAAUAACAAUUAAAAAUAAAUAUCCACUACCCAGAAUUGACGAGAUGCUCGAUCAACUUAAUGGUGCAAAGAUCUUUUCUCGAUUGGAUCUAAGAAGUGGAUACCAUCAAAUACGCGUUAGAGAUGACGAUAUCGAAAAAACAGCAUUUAGAACAAGAUACGGUCACUUCGAAUUUACUGUGCUCCCGUUCGGUCUAACUAACGCGCCACCCACAUUUAUGAGGCUUAUGAAUUCAAUAUUUCAUGAAUAUCUCGACGUUUUUGUCAUCAUCUAUCUGGACGAUAUACUAAUUUAUAGUAAAAAUGAAGAAGAUCAUUUGAAACAUAUAAAAAUUGUACUAGAUUUACUUCGUAAACAUCAAUUAUUUGCUAAGAAAUCGAAAUGUGAAUUUG